AUGAAGUUAGCUAAGAUAUCUACCCUUUUAUUAUUGCCCAUGGCACUUUGUGCUGCAGUUCCCGAAACAAACUAUGACAUCGAGGCUGAUGUUUCUAUGGAACAAUUGGGUAACCAAGAACAACUUGCUCAAGAACUCACUAUCGAACAAGGCUUAGCUCUCUUCUUUAACGAAGCUCAUAGAGUAGCCAAUGAAGCUAUUGUUGAGCAAGUCAAGGCAAUGAACAUGGAAAAUGGCCCCAGCAAUCUUUCUGAACUUUUUGAGAUGAUGUUCUCUGAUGAAGCCAUCAGUGCUGCUCAAUUUGUCAACACUACAGGUACCAACCCUAUCACUGGCUUACUCGGUGGUCUCGGUAGCGCUAUUGGUUCUUUGACUGGUACCGUUGGUACUGUUGUCAACACUACCCUUAGCAACCCUACCACUACUGUUGUUAACCCUCUUACCGGUUUAUUGGGUGGUGUCCUCGGUGGCAUUGGUAGCACUGUUGGUACUGUCGUUUCUCCUAAUGGUACCGUCAAUGGUCUUUUGGGUGGUCUUGGUAACCUCACCGGUGGCCUUUUGGGAGGUGUUCUUAACACUACUGGUGGUCUUUUGGGAGGUGCUCUUAACACUACUGGUGGUCUUUUGGGUAACCCUCUUAACCUCACCAACAUCCUCGGUGGUGGUGCUCUCAACCUCACUGAUAUUCUUGGUGGUGCUUUCAACAUUACCGGAGGUCUCUUGGGUGGUCUUGGUAACCUCACCAGCGGCCUUGGUAACCUUACUGAUGGUCUUUUGGGUGGUGUCGGUAACUUGACUACCGCUGCUCCUGGUCUCUUGGGUGGUGUUCUUGGUGGUAUUGUUCAAAACUUAACAAACGGUGUUCUCGAUAACAAAGCUUUGCAAGGUAUUAUUGGUUUUAUUGGUAAUGCUGUCAACAGCAUUGUCUCCGGUUCUGCUUCUAUUCCUCAAUUGAUUGAAGCUGUUGUUGGUAACCUUGCUUCCCUUGUCGGUUCUGCUUCUCCACUCGGUGCUUUCCUCCAAAACCUUGCCAAGUUCUUGUCUCAAAACCAAAACGGUAUUCUUUUCAACUUCCUCAGACUUGCUGCUAUUCUUCAAGCUGUCAUCAAAGCCGUUCUUCAAUUGGUUUCCAGUGUUGUUGGUAACCUUGGUCAAGGUGUUCAAAACGCUAUUGCUCAAAUUAUCUUUGGUGUCGUUGGUAGAAUCCUCACUGGUGGUCUCCUCCGUGUUCAAGAUAUGGAAGCUCAAAGUGCCAGCGAUAUGAUGGACUUUGUUCGUAGUAUCAUGGAAAAGGCUAUGACUGCUGAUCCUUCUAUUGUGUCUGUCUUGAGCAACCCUACUGAAGAAAACAUUGCUAAUGCCAUUGCUGUCUUCUCUCAAGUUCUUUCUCAAGACAGUGACAUUGCUGCUUGA